CAGGGCCUGGCUCCAUACCUGAAAUAUGGGACGCCUGGUAACUCAUGGCUGCCCCUGCCUCUCAGCUCGCCUGUGAGUGCUUGGAAGGAGGGUCACACAGCACAAUGCCAGCUCUGCCCCUGGAUGAACUCCAGAUCACCCAGAAGGACCCGAAGACAGGAAAGCUGAGGACUUUACCAGCCCUGCACCCCGAGCAGAAGGCAGACCGGUAUUUUGUGUUAUACAAACCACCCCCUAAAGACAACAUUCCUGCCCUAGUGGAGGAGUACCUGGAACGCGCCACCUUCGUAGCCAAUGACGUCGACUGGCUCCUGGCCUUGCCUCACGAUAAAUUCUGGUGCCAGGUUAUCUUUGACGAGACCUUGCAGAAGUGCCUGGACUCCUACCUACGCUAUGUCCCCCGAAAAUUUGAUGAGUGGGUGGCCCCAACCCCUGAGGUUGUUGACAUGCAGAAGCACCUCCAUCGCAGUGUUUUUCUCACCUUCCUCCGCAUGUCUACUCACAAGGAAUCCAAAGAUCACUUCAUCUCUGCCUCUGCGUUUGGGGAAAUCCUCUACAAUAACUUCCUGUUCGACAUUCCAAAGAUCCUGGACCUCUGUGUGCUCUUUGGAAAAGGCAACUCGCUGCUGCUCCAGAAGAUGAUAGAAAACAUCUUUACCCAGCAGCCAAGUUACUAUAAUGACCUGGAUGAAACCAUGCCCACCAUCCUUCAGGUCUUCAGCAAUAUCCUGCAGCACUGUGGCUUACAAGGGGACCGGACCUGUGCCACACCUCAGAAGCUUGAGGAGAAGGGCCGAUUGAGCCCCAGCGACAUGCCUCUCCAGGAAUUGAAGGACAUUGUUCUCUACCUUUGUGAUACCUGCACUACACUCUGGGCCUUUCUGGACAUCUUCCCUUUGGCUUGCCAAACCUUCCAGAAACAUGACUUCUGUUACAGACUAGCUUCCUUUUAUGAAACAGCAAUUCCCGAACUGGAGUCUGCAAUUAAGAAGAGAAGGCUUGAAGAUAGCAAGCUGCUAGGUGACCUGUGGAAGAGGCUCUCCCAUUCCAGGAAGAAGCUGGUGGAGAUUAUUCAUAUCCUCAUGAACCAGAUCUGCCUUCUUCCCAUCCUGGAAAGCAGCUGUGACAACAUUCAGGGUUUCAUCGAGGAGUUCCUUCAGAUCUUUAGCUCCUUGCUGCAGGAGAAGAGGUUCCUCCGGGACUAUGAUGUGCUCUUCCCUGUGGCCGAUGAUGUCAGCUUGCUGCAGCAGGCUUCAUCUGUCUUCGACGAGACACGCACUGCCUAUAUCCUCCAGGCAGUCGAGAGUGCAUGGGAAGGGGUGGACAGACAGAAAGCCACGGAGGCUAAAGACCCACUGGUGGCUGAGGAUCCUAACAAGGUUGCGGCGACAGUGGAGCCAGUCAGUCAAACACCAUCACACCCAGAGAACUCGGAGGAUGAGGAGUGCAUGGGGGCAGCUGCUGCCCUGGUCCCCUCUGUGUCCGGAGUAGAGCUGGACUCGCUCAUCUCCCAAGUGAAGGACCUGCUCCCAGACCUUGGUGAGGGCUUCAUCCUGGCCUGCCUGGCACACUACAGCUAUGACCCGGAGCAGGUGAUCAACAACAUCCUGGAGGAGCGACUGGCUCCGGCCCUCAGCCAGCUGGACCGCAGCCUAGACAGACAGGCGAAGCCAGACCCAACGCCCCUGUUGACGUCUCGUCACAACAUCUUCCAGAAUGAUGAGUUUGAUGUGUUCAGCAGGAACUCAGUGGACCUGAGCCGGGUGCAUAAGGGCAAGAGGAAAGAGGAGAACACACGGAGUCUGCUGAAUGACAAGCGAGCGGUGACAGCGCAGCGGCAGCGCUACGAGCAGUACAGCGUGGUGGUGGAGGAGGUGCCGCUGCAGCCUGGGGAAGGCCUGCCCUAUCAUGGUGACGACUACGAGGACGAGUAUGAUGACACGUACGAUGACAACCAGGUUGGCGCCAACGAUGUCGACUCGGAUGACGAGCUCAUCAGCCGCAGGCCUUUCACCACCCCUCAGGUACUGAGAACCAGAGUGUCCGGGGAAGGACAGGAGGACGACGAGGAGGAGGAGGAGGAGGAGGAGGCUGAAGAGGGAGCCCCCAAGCCUGACCACUUCGUGCAGGACCCCGCAGUGCUGAGGGAGAAGGCAGAAGCCAGGCGCAUGGCCUUCCUCGCCAGGAGGGGGUACCGGCAUGACAGCUCAGCAGCAGUGGCUGGCAGCCCCCGGGGCCAUGGACAGACUCGUGAGACAACCCAGGAACGCAGGAAGAAGGAAGCCAACAAGGCAGCAAGAGCCAACCACAACCGGAGGACCAUGGCUGACCGUAAAAGAAGCAAAGGCAUGAUCCCAUCCUGAGGACACUGCGCCAGGGCCAGCAGGGCAGCAGUGACACUGGACCCAGCAGGCUGCGGUACCAUAGCCUGGGCCUCCCACCAUUCAUCCCACUCUGGGGCCCCAAGUUCAGCUUCACCCCUCAACAGCCUCAGCUUUGCAGCCCCUGAGAAGGCCACCUCACUGUCCACCAAGCAGCCAGCCAUGAGCGCCUUCUUGCUGAACACACAGUGCCUUAUCCCACAGCAAAGGACCCAUGGGCCAGCAAGCAGGUGCCUUCCCCAAGAUGUGCAGGUGGGAAAGGGAUGGGGAUGGAGCCCCAAGACAAGACCCCCAAACCUCAUGCAGCAAGACACCACUUCCCUUAUUCCCUGGAUGGCAGGAAGCCUGUAUAUUAAAAAAACAAAAACAAAAAAAGAUCUGCAAGUAAAGCUUUUGAACCUUUCAAGCAAUGACCUGUGAUAUGCCUGUGACCUACUCCCCUUGUAUUCCGUUCUUCAGUGAAGCUGUGAUCAGGAGAUAAUCAUGGUAUUCUUUUUAUCGCCCUUUUGUGCUUGCUCUCAUUUUAACCCCUCCUGGCAUUGCUCCUGCCUUGCUCUGUGACCCUGAGGACAUCAGCCCUUCUCUGAACCUCCAGUCCCUGCCGCAAAAUGAAGGGCUGAAGGAGGUGGUCUUUCCCACUAUCUCAGUCAGUCCUGAUGACUUCCACCUAAGGAGGUAGGCACUGUUUUUGACCCCAUUGUAUAGAUGAAGAAAGUGAGGCACUGAGAGCUGAAGGUGGCUGUCCCAGGCCACAGCAGAGAAGUGGCAGAACAGGCAUUGGGCACUUAGUCUGCCCAGGGUCUAGGGUCCUAGACCCCCGGAGUUGGUGUCAGCUGCACCUCACAGCUGGCCCGAGGACACUUUGUCAGCAGCAGAGCCAGCGCCAGACAGAACUCAGGCCUCCAGCCUCACAGUUGUACUCUUAGUAAACCCCCCAAAAUCAAAGACUCAGAGACCUCAAGAAACAAGUCAGGAUGACACUGCUAAGCCCUGUUGAAGGGCCUGGCUCCUCAGACUCCCUCCUGGGGAUGGCCAGCCAGUUCCUAGCAUGGCAGCGGCUGCCAGUUAUCCUGAUUCUGUGUCCAUCUAGAACAUUAGUAAUCAAUGGGGGGUGGGGGGGCGUCAAGAGUGGGGCAUCUGCUGGGCUGAUCGUAGCCCAGCCUGGCAUGGAGUCCAUUAGCGAAAGCCAGGGCCCAAGCCCAGCUGGACCCUGACAAAUCACCCUCAGUGCUAGUGCAAUUUAUUUGCACAUGGUUAGGAUGAGCACAUGGUUAGGAUGAGCGUCCAAAGCAGAAAGGCAGACAGGCAGUUGAUGAACUGGUUUUGUUAGGUCAGCCUGCACAAGUGAAAAUCAAUAGCAAUUCCUCUGUGUCGUAUCAGUUCUCUUGGUACAUUGGAGAUGCAGAGCAGGUACAGGGGUGGUGUCCUCCGCUCACACUGCUAAAUUAGCUGAGAUGAGGCUAGCAUUAGCCAUCGUGACAGGCAGCAGUAAGACUGUUUCCUCCAGGAAGCAUUUGCCAGGGAAUGAGCUCAGUGGCAGGGGCCACUUCUUUUCUCCCGUACUGAGCUUCCUUCUCUGGAGGGAGGACAGGAUGGAGCGCUCCUGGGCAUUAGUUACCUGUCUUGCCUGUUACUGUUCAUGAAGCCCCUCUCACCUUCACCUUGUCAUGCGCACCUCCUAGCCACUUGGGGUGGAGUUCAGGCCUCACGUUAGUAUCAUGUUUCAAAGGACUUGAGAAGUCAGAAAUUUUUUUUUUUUAAUUUUCAGAAUGGAGUGCCAGGUGAAACUUAGUCUCCCCUGAGGAACUGCAUGCCUUCUUAUUUCAGACCUUGAAGGAACUGCAUGCCUUCUUAUUUCAGACCUUGAAGGUACUCUUUCAGGGGGGUUUCGUGGCUAAAGACGGCUCAGGGGUCAUCCAGAAUGGUGCUCUAUGCACACCUCUUCAGCUUUGGGGCCUCGGUUUUCCCAUCUGUAAAGUGAGCGUGUUCAGAUGAAUAGUUACCAUUUGGUGCCUAUGAGGUUCUCUGAAGAGAGCCCAAAGUUUAAGAUGGGCAAAUGCAGAACUGCUAUAGAUGAAGUUGGGUGGGGGGCCCUGAGCCCUACCUGUUCAGUCACUGGAGCCCACCAUCUUCACUGCUGCUCCUAAGCAGGUAUUUUUUAAGUGCCUUCUCUGUGCCCUGGCAGAAGAUUAUGACUGUCACAGGCAUUCCCCAGGAGGUUUUUAAGGCUUUGUGCCUCUGAGAGGACUUAGGUUUGAGUGUCUUUGUUUCUAGUUCACAAAUUGCAAUGAUGGUGGGUGUGUUUAUGUAGUGCUGCUGUGCCUCUGUGAGGUGCUUGGGGCAGAGCUUGUCAUUGUUUAUAAAAAGGAACCCGGAAGCCCUGGGAGGGCAAGUGACUUGCCCAAAGCCUGUGGCAAGUUAGCACAGAGUCUGGGUACAACUCCUUACUGAGUUACCUGUUAAACAGCCAAGUGUAGCUGGAAGAGUAAAUGAUUGACGAGAACCUCCUUCAUGUCCCUUCCACACAAGGAGCUUGGGUUGAAUAAUGCAGCCGGGGUGGGGAGGGACGAUGGACAAAAAACAAACAGAAAUAAACACACAAAAAAAUGCAGGGAGGUGUUGUGUAACCCUUUAAAAUGAUGUCGUUAAAGAUCUGGUAGCAGCGUGGGAAACUAAAUAUUGAAGAAUAAAUUUAAAUGCAGAAUACACAAUGAUGAUGCACCAUGAUUGUGAAAAUGUAAAAAAAAUGCAUACAGAUCAAGUCUGGAAGGGAACAUGCAUAAAUAAAAGUGAUGGUGAGAGCGUGGAUGAUGGUGGUGGUAAGACAACAAUAUUUUAUAAUAAGAAUAAAAAUUCUUACUGAGCACUUAGCAUGGCCAAACUUCACUGGAUUCUUUAUUUGCAUUAUUUCAAGGGGACAAAUGGGCAUCAGCACAAGUAGGGUACAGGGCCCCAAACACUGCGUCCUCACGAGGUGUAGGUACUGAUGAGAAUGCUGAGGUACAGAGAGAUUAAAUGACUUGCCUAAGGUCGUACAGUUAGCAAGUGACCAAGGUGGGGACACAGUCCAAGAUUGUGUCCUAAAGCACAUUGUCUUAACCUCUAAGACUCAUACCUGCCAUUGCUCUCUUUCUCCCACCCCAACCCUUGUGUUUUCUGUGAUACCCUUGUUACUGUUUUUACAAUGAAAAAGAAGAAAACGUGAGUAAAAUAGCCGCAGAACAAGAGAAUGGGAAGUCUCAUCUCAUCAGGCCAGGCUGAUAGGACUCCCAAUGACAUGUUUGUUAGACCGUUUAAUAUUGUCGCACAGAUUCCAGAUGCUCUGUUCCCUUCUCCCUCCACCCCCACCUUUUUUCUCUUGUUUUCCUUUAGUCUACUGUGUCCAGUCUGCCAUUAAGCUCACUGAGUAGCUUCACUUUUGUCUCCAGUCCCUCUCAGGAGGGAAGGGGAGAAAGUUUGGGGGUAGAACAUUCUCAGCUGAGAUGGUGAUAGCAAAGUCUAGGGAGCACCAAGGCCUG